CUGUAAAUCAAUCAAACACAAUCUCAACAAUCAAAAGUUUCUCAACAAUCAAAAGUUUCAAUUUUUCAUUCGUAAGAAUUCGCAAAAUGGCUAGAACAAAGCAAACAGCUAGAAAAUCCACCGGAGGAAAAGCACCAAGGAAGCAACUAGCGACAAAAGCAGCAAGAAAAUCAGCUCCAGCCACCGGAGGAGUGAAGAAGCCACACAGAUUCCGUCCAGGAACAGUAGCGUUAAGAGAAAUCAGGAAGUAUCAAAAAAGCACCGAGCUUUUGAUCCGUAAGCUUCCUUUCCAGAGAUUGGUUCGUGAGAUAGCUCAAGAUUUCAAGACGGAUCUGAGGUUUCAGAGUAGUGCUGUUGCAGCUCUUCAAGAAGCAGCUGAAGCUUAUUUGGUUGGUUUGUUUGAAGAUACUAAUCUUUGUGCUAUUCAUGCUAAGAGGGUUACCAUUAUGCCUAAGGAUAUUCAACUUGCGAGGAGGAUUAGAGGUGAGAGAGCUUAAGAUAUGAUGAAGAAGAAGAAUGGUUUAUUUAUAGAUUAGCUACUUUGUGUUUUAUGUGUUUUGUAGUCUUUUGUUCAGAAGUGUCUUCCAGAUGUUCGAUGAAAUGCCCAAAUGAAAAUUUAAUCUACUU